UUAGACUUUGAAUUCCAACAUGGCCGCCUGUAAACAGUUUUUAGAGAGGAAUACGGAGCGUUUUGAUUUACUACUGCUUAGCUUAAAGUAGCUUAUUCAAGUUGAUAUCAUAUCAUUUAGAGCUUGUUUAUUUCUCCGUGACUAAACUAACACGAUGGUGGAAAUGGAGGAAGUUUAGUUCUAGAAGUAUUGUAACACGUGCAGCCUGAAUGCAACAUGGCAACUUCGAGAAAAGAGCCCAGACCAACGAGUAAAAAUCAUUCAGAUGAGCUUUUGAAGCUACCUGGACCAAACGCUUCUUUGAAAUCCAAGCUUCUGCUACCCCAGCAAAAGAGUGGUGGUGCAACUGGACCUCCUAAGAUAACUAGAGUUGAAAGGUCAGCUGUUCUGUCUAGAGCAAAACAAUUCCUUCCUUUGAUGAUGGAAGCAGACAAGAAACUCAAGGAGAAAAUGGAAACUCUCCCAAAUAGUGAAUUGGAUAUUGAGAAUGUUACAGAAGAUGAGCCCCACAUUGAAAUGAAUAUAGCUUUGGUUGAGAAUGAUGCCUCAGAUGAGGAUGAUAGUUCUUCAGAUAGCAGUGGCAGUGAUUUUGAGAUGGAAACAGAGUACCUUGAAAGUUCUGCUGUCACAGAGGACAAUUUCAAAACCCAGAUAAAAGGGAAAAAGCCAGUGAUUGAAGAAAUCAUUAGCAGUGACAAUAACAAUUACUCAUGUUUGGAUGAGCAUAAAGCUAGUAAAAAAGAUGAGGAAUCUGAAAGGAAUUAUGUCCAGCAGAAAAAUCCCGUAAAGGCAAAGUCUUCCAAGGGAAGAAGUAGAAGCCCAAGCAAAAGCCCAUCAAGGAAAAGUGGUAAGAAAAGCGGCAAGAAAAGUAGCAGAAAGUCACGAUCACCCUCUCCGUCGGCGAAAGCGAAGCGUGAAGUAGAUUUACUCAGUCCCGACGCGAUGGUAAAUGGUUAUUACAUUAGUCACAAUGCAGAACAAUUCUUGCAGUAUCGUGGCUUUGGUUGGGAGUCACCUGGAGGUAAAGGCAAGAAAAAGAAAGGAGGAAAGAAGAAGAAAAAGAAAAUACAUAGAAAGGCCCCAGAGGACAAACAAAGAUCUAAAAGAGCUAUCCCACACAUGAGAAGGGUGACAACUAACUUUGAGACUGGUGUUUUAAGAGACGAGAACCACAUUCGUACCAUGGAGAUGGAUAAAGAAAGCAAGCAUAUUGAAGCCAAAGAGAAGGUGGUUCUUAACAAGACUAGAAGUCGAAGCAAGUCGCUCUUCUUCGCAGAGAGACCAAAACUCGACUCAGACCGCGGAGUAUUCGCAUUGACACACGCGGAUAUUCCACUGCGCCAAAGAUCACGCUCACUCCCGCUAGAAGCUGAGAAAGUCAAGCCAAAACCGACCAAAUUUGACCGCGACAAAGUAACCAAGAUAAUUGUUGAUGUAUUCAAAAACAAACUAGCGAAUAUGCAUUAUAACGCGAAGGAUUGCCAAGCUAUGGCCAAGGAGCUAGCGAGUGUCAUCAGAGAGAAAUGCGUCGAGUUGCAUCUACCAGGAUACAGACUCGUUUGCACUUGCACCAUCACCAAGCGCCUGAAACCUGCACCCGCCAUAGAGAGCGGGUGCCUAUGGGACGAAAAGAGAAGUUCUAUUGACAAUGACAGCUUUGCAGAGUAUGUCUACAAGAACAUGGACAUCUAUGCCAUUGGGACAGUGUAUGGAGUGCACAUUCAGAGGUUUGAGAAGAAAUCAUCCGAGAGGGCUUCAUCGCACGGUAGAUUGCCUACUCCGAUCCCAGAAUAGCUUUAAAAACUGUCACAACACAACCAAAAGCAAUCUGUUUAUUCAAUUCAGAUUUGUAAUUCAAGCAAGAGUUCUAUACUUCGAUGUUUUGCCAGUUCCGGCCUAGCCAAUGAGGUUACAUUUUGUCGUGUGCUGAGAAAAACGCAUUUAUAGCGGUAUGGGGUAUGACUUCUUUCCGCCAUCUGGCUAUGAACAUCGGAUUGAGCAUCAAAACAACAGUAGCGAAAUUUGUCUGGUUUCCCUGACAACGCCUGUAAAUUAUGCGACGUAGACUAGGCGCAAUAUCUCAAGUG